CGGAAGUGUAAAGUGACCAAUCAGAUGCGGGGCAAAUGCGGGAGGUUUAAAUUCAACAAAACAGAAAUUGUGUUAAUGUUUUGGAAAUGAAUCCAAGUGGUCAACAAGAGUUGUUUCGGUCAAUUGAAAAUGCCAUGGCCAAGCUGUAUCAGAUUUGGGACAGAAUAGGCAUAGGAAAGGCUAACCGAGAAUACCGGAGUUCUACAGUCAUAAAACAUGUCCAGGGUCUACUGGAUGAGAUAGUAGAGGAGGAAGUGGUGCUGGAGAGGCAGAUUGAGACCCGCAUUGCAGACCUCACACAAGAGCUGGCAACACUCACCAAGGAGCUCCAGCUACCAGAGUUCAAGACUCCUCCUGGCAUGCCAGUUCUACACAAGGAGAAGGAACUACAGACCAAAGCCACCUGCCUACGGGCAGAGAAGAAAGAACGACUACAGAUCCUCUCCAGGCUUCGAGCGGAAGAUCAGUCCUUGUGUGAUGCCCUGUGCCUAACACCCUACUACAUACCGUCUGGAUCCACGCCCUCUGGAGAGCAGCUCGAGGAACUGAAAGCACAUGUUCAGAAACUGACACUUGAAAAGGAGAAGCGGAUGUCCCAGUUCAUCAAGCACAAGAAGCAGAUAGCUGACCUGAUGUUGGAGAUUGAGCGUGCGCCGGAGACCAGCUUUGAAAGGGAGGUGAUGGUGGAGGAGGAGUCACAGUUCUCACUCAGUGCAGAGAACAUGCAUGCCCUGGAUGCACUGCUUGCAGAGCUGGUGAGCUGCAAGUCUCGGCUAGAGAAGACGGUACAGGAGCUCUGGGAGAGGCUGCACGUGCUGUGGGACAGACUGGAGACGCCAAAACACGAACAGGAGAUGUUUGAGGAGGGCAAGGAGGGGUUUAAACCUGCAGUCGUUCACGCCUUGCGGGAGGAGAUAGCCAAAUGUGAGGCACAGAAGCUAGCAAACAUACAGAAGUUUGUGGAUGGUAUGCGUAAAGAGCUGGAGACCUGGUGGAACAAAUGCUACUUCAGUGCCCGUCAGAGAUCUGAGUUCAAGUAUUUCACAGAUGCCAACUACACAGAGGACCUCUUGACUCUACAUGAGGCUGAGGUUGCCAAAGUGAAGGAAUAUUACAGCGUACAUCAGACCAUACUGCAGCUGGUGGAGCAGAGAGAGGCACUCUUCCAUAAGAUGAUCGAGUUUGAGAAGCGAGCCAAUGACCCCAACCGUUUCUUUGCGGACAGAGGAGGCAAACUGCUGGUGGAGGAGAAAGAAAGAAAAGCAUUGAUGACCAAACUGCCCAAGGUAGAGCAAACGGUAAAGGACGAGAUAAUGCUAUGGGAGAAGGACAGAGGGCGAACGUUCCUUGUGAACGGCAUGUCCUUCAUCAACUACAUCGAGAAGACCUGGCAGGAUCAUGAGGAGGCUAAGCUACGAGAGAAGGAGGAGCGGCAAAAGGCAAAAACAAAACAACUCAAUGAGGAAAUGAUAUUUGGCAGCAAGCCAAGUACGCCAGUGAAGCGCAGAUUUCAACCCACAAACACACCAACUAAGACCCCAAAGCAUCGUAAAAUAGACUACAGCGCCAGUACCACGAGUACUGUGUCCUCCCAAGGCUCCAAUCAAGGGCCCGUGAAGAUUGAGGACUCCAUCAAGACGCCCUGCUCCAGCAGCAAGGGCCAGCACACCACAGUGUACAACUCCCCCUACAGGAAGACAGGGAUCAGCACGGGACCUCACGCCAGCCGAAUGGCAGCGUCAAAUAGCAAGCUGCAGGUGCCGGGCAGUCGAAAUCGUCGGCGCUCCAACCGGCUCGCGAGGAAAGUGCUUGGGGAGAAGAAUACGGGUACCAAUGAGACUCACAUGUUCUCGCACACCACUGUGAGCACCACGGCGGCCCCUGGUGGGAACAUGUCCUUGGCCUCCACAGGCUCCUACCAGGACUUUGCUCACGAGUUACCAGAAAGUUUCCACUCAACCAAAUUGAAGACUCCCUCACCGUUACGGCGAGGGGUCAAACAUUUCUAGAUGCUUGUCAUGUGGGCCUGAGCCCUGCAGUCCGACCCUUCUGCCGAAGCUCUUUGGCUCCCCAGUCCCCAACGAGUCCCCGCGGGGCAAACAUGGACCAUCAUAGGGUGUAGUGUAGCCUGGCAUGGACUAUCAUAGGCUGUAGUGUGGACUGGCGUACAGCGUGUCUUGGGACCAUCAUAGGGUGUAGUGUUGACGGUAUACAGCUCAUCUUGGGACAGCAUUGACAAGCAUUGGGCAUUGCAUAGGUGGUAGCCUGGAGCGGCCGGAGGCAGAAGCAAAGACUGGGAUAGACCCUAGAACGCACUGUCAAAGGACUAUUAAUAAAAAGCACAGGGCACUCAAAAUAGUGGAGACUAAUUUUUUGGAAAUAUGCUUUAUCCAUGUUGGUGCAGUGUCCUCCCAGAUCAGACUGUAAAUUUCACACACACUAAUUAGGGACAACACAUUCCCUAUAAACUUGAUUAUUGUACAGAAAAAACUCCUUUUUAACAACAAAAUUCUAUAAAAUUCUUUAUCCCAUGUUAAUUGAACAAAUGAACAGUGGUCUUAGCUUUUUAUAGUCUCAUAAAGUUUAUUUAAUUGUAAUUGACAAUAAAAUAACUUAAAUUAAUGAUGAUCAAAAAUAGCAGACGCACGAUGUAAUGUUUUAAGGCUUUGUUUAAAUGUCCACGUAUUUCUAUGAUGAUAUGUUUGCAGACAUAUAAAUGGACAACGGUGAUACCCCAAAAAUUUAUUAAGUGUGUGCAAUUCAAGCUAUACUGUUGGCCUGGUUUAUGCUACGGCUUUCAAUGACAUUUUUGUCUUUUGAACGAUUAUGUUCGAGAAGAAAAGUUUUUUCUUUUAAAAAAUCUCGUACAAUUACCUGGUACAAAAAUUUCCUUGAUAUCUAAUUGGUUAAAGAACCUUGUUUAUACAUGUAUGUGAUUCAAUAUCAUUUAAAAAAAUCAUGUAUUGAUCUCCAGUUACUAGCAGUCUAUGAUACUAUGUAGAUUGUAACUAUACCCUAUUGUUGCUACGAACUGUGAAGGAAAGAUGUUUGUUUUGAUAACAUUUCUUGAUGUAGCAGCGACUUACUUAAGUCUUAUUGUUAUUUCACAGUUUUAGUGUGUUAGAUAGUUUUUGGUGCAAUGUCUGCUAUUUAAGUGACCUUUCAGUAUGCAUUAAUGUAUAAACAGCUAAACACGUCUUGUCACGUGUGUUUAUCUCUCUUUGUUUUCGUGUCAACAUUUUUAUCUCCAUUCUUUUUCUCUUUCUGUCUCCAUACUUGACAGCUUAUAACCUUAUAUUUAGCAAUAUUUAUUUCAUUGAUAAUACAUCCAAACCUGUAUAAAAUGUAUGAAUUAUAUGUAUUACAUGUAUAAUUUUGUUAAUUUAGUGUACAAACUAUGAUAUUUGGUAUCCACUGAAAACACAAUUAUUUAUGUAAAUGCCGAAGUAAACACUUUUUCUGUACAUUUUGAAUAUUUUACAUACAGAUGUGUUCAUCUUGGUAAAGAAAAAUCAGCUGUUUGCAUGGCAAAGUUAUUAACUGUAUAAAGUCAAAAUUUAAAUCUGUCACUUUUUCUCUGUUUUCUGAUGGCUAUAACUGCUUUUACCUGUUUUAUAUUUUACUGUUUUUAUUUUUUAAACAGAACGUAUUAGGCUUUGUAAAUAGCAUUUUAGUGUGUUGCAUUUCAAAAUUGUAUGUUACAUAUUGAAUGCAAUUUUCAAACUAUGUAUGUAUGUUUUUACUGCAAUGUUUAAAAAGUCAGCUUAAAUGUUGGCAAAAUAUAUUUAAGCAAGAUUCAAAUAUAAGUUACUGCAUAUGCGUUUUGUUUUUCUAAUUUUGUGUUAUUUAGUGCAUUAAUCGUGCAAUGUUAAUGUUAUUUAUCGAGGUAAAUCUCAAUAAAAACAGGUUGUCUGACCAAGUGAUUUUAUGUUGAGUUGGUAUGGCCUGUAUAUGGAAAAAAUAACUGAUGAAAGCAAAAAUGACUAAAUGGCAUCAACUCAAAUAGGGUUGUUUAAAAACACAGAUUUUUCAUGCAUUUGCUUAUUUUUUACUGUAAGUCAUUGAAACAAACGAUUACAACAUGAUUUUUUAUCCCCGCCGAUUUUUUUUUCGGAGGGGAUAUAGUAAUUGGUCCUGUCCGUCGUCUGUCCGUCCGGCUGAAACUUUGUCCGGAGCAUAACUCCAAAUCUAUUCAAUGGAUUUACUUUAAACUUAGAAUAUAAACAGAUGGCAACAAGGAGAAGUGCAGUGACCAAGAACCAUAACUCUAUCUACCUUUGUUUUUAAAUUAUCUCCCCUUUUAUAUAAUUUUAAAGUAAAUUUUUGUCCGGAGCAUAACUCUUAAUCUACUGAAGGGAUUUACUUGAAACUUGAAAUAUAAACAGAUGGCAACUAGGAGAAGUGCAGUGACCAAGAACCAUAACUCUAUCUACCUUAGUUUUUGAAUUAUCUCCCCUUUUAUAUAAUUUAAAAGUAAAUUUUUGUCCGGAGCAUAACUCUAAAUCUACUGAAGGGAUUUACUUGAAACUUGAUUUAUAAACAGAUGGCAAGUAGGAAAAGUGCAGUGACGAAGAACCAUAACUCCCCAUCUACCUUAAUUUUUGAAUUAUUUCCCCUUUUAUAUAACUUUAAAGUUAAUUUUGUCCGGAGCAUAACUCUAAAUCUACUUAAGGGAUUUACUUGAAACUUGAAAUAUAAACAUAUGGCAACUAGGAGAAGUGCAGUGACCAAGAACCAUAACUAUAUCUACCUUAGUUUUUGAAUUAUCUCCCCUUUUAUAUAAUUUUAAAGUAAAUUUUUGUCGGGAGCAUAACUCUAAAUCUACUGAAGGGAUUUACUUGAAACUUCAAACUUAAACAGAUGGCAAGUAGGACAAGUGCAGUGACUAAGAACCAUAACUCUAUCUACCUUAGUGUUUGAAUUAUAUCCCUUUAUUUAAUUUCAAAGUAAAUUUUUGUCCGGAGCAUAAUGAAUUAUCUCCCUUUAUUUAUUUUUACAAAUAUUAUUCUACUCUCUAAAACAAAUGUUUUCAUACAAGCAAACACAUUUCGGCGGGGAUUUGGCACUACUGUGACAAGCUCUUGUUUCAUACUUUUUAUCACUUUUUUCAUACUAUCAUUACUUAAUGAGGGUAUUUUAAAAAUACACAAUAUGUUUUGGUUAGUCAAGAGUUUUAUUUAUAUAUUUUUAGGUAUUUAUACAAAGUUCUCAGGCUUUCUUCUUGUCAAAAAUCAAUACUUAUUUAAGAAAUUUUGGUCAAAACAUGUUCAUAUGGUUUUUAUUUAUAUACUUAAAAUAGAGGGCGUUUAUGUGAUCACACAUGGCAGAUGGAUAGCAUACUGAAUAAAGAUAUCUGCUUAAUAACUCCAAAAUGUUAAAUCAUAUCGUCAAUCAACUUAGUGAUAAUAAUUGUGUGUAUUGUUUCAUUAAUGUAUACUUAUUGAUAAAUCGUUCGCAGAUCGUUGCAAACCAGACCUUUAAAACGUACUUUGUUACAAACUGGCAUUAAUGUUCAGAAACAUAGCUUGCAAUAUUAAAUAGAUGUACAAUCUAGAUUUAUCUUUGUAAGCAAAGUUUUACAGUUAAAGUGAUGUUUUUGAAUAUCUUCGUAUAUGUAUUUUUGAUUAUGACGGAUCAUCCAAAUGGAACUAUCAACAUUAGUUAAGCUUUAAAUACGGCAUAUUUUCGAGCAUUACUGUUCUUUUUAAUACCCUGUACCUUAAUGAGGUAAACAUGUACGUUGUGUUUCUUAGAUAAUCUGAAUGUUUUAACUGUACAGUCAAUUGCAACUCAAGCAUUUACAUGUAAUAUGUGCUGUAAUCAUACUGAGGUUCAUAAUUAAUUAGAACAGACUUUCCUUUGAUGGGUUGCGUUGACUUCAUUUGUGAUAGUUUGCUUUAAAUAUUCAUACAUUUAAUUAUUAAACUUUAAAAAACUUA